AUGGUACAAGCUUCGCUCCAAACCAGGGAAGAAAGAAAAGGAGAGAGGGGAGAUCGAAGUGGAUAUCCAGUUUAUGAGGAGCAACAUGACAGCCAGUAUGUUUGAUCUGUCCAUGAAAGACAAGUCUCGGUCUCCCUUUGGCAAGCUCAAAGACAAUGGAAAGAGGAGCAGUGGCUUUUCCGACACGGCAUCGGAGAUCAUUCCCAGCACAACUCACUCCCCCACUGACAGCGAAGAUGAGGCAGUCGAGAAGGAGAAGAAGAAAUCAAAGUUCAAAACCCUGUUUUCCAAACCUGGCCUGCAGAAGACUUCCCUCUCCCAGUCCAUGUCAGUCCUACCGACGACACAGCAGCCCGUCACCGAGAAGGUUCGGAUUCGACUUCGGCCCAGUGACUUCCAGGUGCAAUGGGAUGACGAGGAGUCAGAGACCUCUCCAACCUCGGAAAAAACCUUUGGAAAUGCCCUGGAAGAGAAGUCCUCUCCUUCUCUGUUUAAAUCUCGUAAAACAGCAGCUUUGGACAGCAGGCAACUAAACCAAAUAACCACUAGCCACACCAAGAAAGAAGGGCUCUCUUUAUUUAGUGGCCUUAAAUCCAAAAGCGAUCCCAUUUCCAAGUCUAGCCUGUGUAUCAAUGGCAGUCACGUUUACAUGGAAGAGAGCACAACAAAGGACAACACUCCAGCCUCUUCACCCUCUCCUCACAACUUCAGGAGGAAGCAGCUCUUUGCUUCAGAAGAGAACCUGUCUUCCAGAUCUACUAAAGGACCUGAAGAGACAGGAAGGACAUCUCCUAGUCAUGCUUUCUCUGGGUCUGCAUCCUUGGAGACCUUUAAAUCCAUGACUUUGCCAUCAUACAAAUUGCUUAGCAGUGAAGAAUACCUGGAAACCAUCGUUCCUCCGAGUGUCGAGGUUAUUAAGGAGACCAGAAAAACGGAGCACAAAAAGUCUGCCUUGCUCUCUCUGGUCACAGGGAAGAAGGAAGCAGUGAAGACCAAUGAUGCUGAGAAUGUUCCCGACAGGACCCUGCAGGGUGAGGAAAACAAAGUUCCAGAAGAGAAGAACGAACCAGAGGCCAAACAUCUUGAACUUCCAGCAGAUUUAAGCAGAGGGGAUCCUUCGGAAGACGCUCACCGCGCAGAAGACGUCCCUGCCAAUAAGCAGCUGCCCAACCCUUUCGAGGAAGAACGGAAACCCGAAAAGCCUACUGCGCCGGCGAAGACCAAAGCUGUCAAGCCCAGACCCCAUCCUGUGAAGCCAAUGAACGCCACAGCAAACAAGUCUCACAGUAAAAACCUGAAUGUCAUCAGCACAAUGAACGAAAAGCUGCUCGAGGUGAACGUGAAGAAAUAUGAUCCUUCAGAUCCUGCCUAUGCUUAUGCUCAGCUAACACACGAUGAGCUGAUCCAGCUGGUCUUGAAACAGAAGGAUGCAAUUACCAAGAAAGAUCUCCAGGUGCGUGAGCUCGAAGACUACAUCGAUAACUUGCUUGUCAGAGUCAUGGAAGAAACCCCCAACAUUCUUCGUGUUUCAACGUCUGGAAACAAAAAAGCUGGAAAGAUGUAA